AUGGCAGGCUUGGUAUCUGAUGAGGUCGCUGAAGACUACAAAAGCUCCCUGGAGGACUUGACCACCAACGACCGGUUCCAGAUCAGCAACUUGACCGUGAUCGCCAAAGAAAACACGGAACACGCGAUGGCCAUCUCGAGAGUAUUAGAAAAGCACAUUCGCUCGACCGGACCGCUGCAGAAACUACCAGCGCUUUAUGUAGUCGAUUCGAUCGUCAAAAAUAUCGGGACCCCAUACACGCUUUUCCUGGGAAGAAACAUGUAUCAGACUUUCAUGGAUGCCUAUACCCUCUCUGAUGCGCAAACUCGCCGCAAGCUGGACGAGAUGCUCAAAACGUGGAAAGAACCAGUCCCAGGGUCUUUAGACACACGUCCCGUCUUUCCUCCAGAAAUCACCCGCAACAUCGAAAACGCCUUGAUCAAGGCCCGAACAGCUUUCCUCACAAACCAGCAGACGCAUUCUCGGAGUCAACUAGACAUUUCCCGUGGGCGAGCGAACGGCACUCCCACGCACUUCAAUGCUCCUACCCCGCCGGGUGGGCGACCGAGCCAGCCCUAUGCGGUCCACGGGCAGCGACCUAGCACUUCGGGAUUGAUCGCUUCCGCACGCGAUGACUUCUCUAAGCAACCGCAUGAUCCUAUGGCCCAGCAACGUCUGCGAUCUCUACUAGAUCUCCAAAACAUUCUACAGCAUCAACAGUUGAGUCUCGAACAACGCAAGGCCAUCCGAGAUCAGUUAUCCGCCCUUGCCAUCCCACGGCAAGCACCUCAAACCUUUGCCCCGCCGCCGCCUGCACCAGUACCUUCGGCUCCUGCUCCCGUAUCUACUCCGCCAGCUCAAACCACUUCUCAGCCAUUGCAGCAGCUUUUGAACCCAGCUACCCUAGCCGAACUCAUUAAAAAGACAUCCGUCAACCAACAGCCCACACCUCCGCCCCAGAUUCCAGCAGCUCUUCCGUCCAUGCCCCAAGUGCAUCCAAAUGUCGCGCCUUCAGUGGAAAAUCCUCUUAUCGCAGCUUUACGUGCCCGGGGCCUCUUACCUUCUGCCUCGGCGCCACCAAUGAUGGCCCCUUCAAACAACACCCCUCCCACCGCGGGAGCUCUGCCUUUCUUUAUCCCUGGUCAACUUCAAUCUACACCUGUUCCGAUGCCGCAGGCCCCUGCUAUGAACGGCUCUUCCUCAUCCGUGCCCAUGAACACGGCUUCGAUGAAGAUGUAA